AUGGGCUUCCAGGCCAUGCGAAAAUACAAUAACCAUGCAGCCCGGACCAUUGAUAGACGCCUGCCUGCAAUAACAAAAUUUUCAAUCAUUCAACAAUCGGAUUGUGCGGUGAUGCGUUUGAUGUACCCGACCACAGAGCCGUCUCCAGAAUCCGGUAGUCGACAAAACAUCUGGAGAAAUUGGAAAGUCAAUCAACCUGGAAGAAGCAAGAUAUGGUGUUGGAGAGGACGACGAGUAGGAUACGAUCACCCAUAUUAUUGCUCUUCUCAUUUUCCAGGCGUUUAUCCGUCAGAUGAAUCUGCCGGUCACGUGACGGACAAGCUGGUCACAUGGCACAUCCCGAACUGA